UGGCUCUUGAGUGAAGCAGCCAAUGCAUGCUAGUGCCAUAUACGGCAAGAAGCGUUUGGAUCUUUUUUGUGCCGCCUUGCAUCUACCUUACCCCUGAUCUCCAGCGCGACCCAACGCAUGUAGACGUGGAACCUCGCACCCAUGGAGGCAGUUCAAGUAUCUUCAAGGACGGUCGAAUCACAAGCGUGGGCUUGAUGAGGCCAAGCUGUGGGCACAAAGCUGAAGGCAUGCAUCACUGGCAGCCGGAGGACGUCAUCGAGUUGGAGAAUUACCGUGUCGCUGCUUCCAGAUCAGACACCAGCGGAGCGGGCGUCCUCUCGGCCGGCCCGUGGCUCGCCACCCAAUGUCGAGGAAUGAAUCCACCCACCAUGUACUACAGCCGUGGUGUUGGAGGAGGAAUGUCAUCCCCCUGCUCAUUGCAGCAGGGGUGGCAUUGGCGAAGGAAGGAAUGUUUGUGUUGUGCUCGACCAGCUAGCCACACAUCAGGCUGUUGGGUUAUUGGAAUCGAGCGCUGACAUUCCACCGGACUCUUCUCUAUGCGACCUUGAAGUUGUUUCAUUCUUGGUUGGAGGAUGCAUUGUAUGAACAAGCGAUAGAUAGCGAAAGCCACCUGCCCAAGCCGGCUUGCGCACUUUUCACAACUCUAUUUCACGUGUUUGAACAAGCUGGCACUUCAUUGUUGCCAUGGCACAGUGUUUUCACAAAUGUUUUCGGUUUGACUCCUCGGUGCGUUCAGCGUAGCAGCAUGUUUUACUCUAUGGAAGAGUCCGCGCAAUCUGAUUGGAAAAAUGCAGCUAACCCAUCGCGCACGAUCUCCUGGUACCUUGUCGGUAUGUGAAGAAACUUUAACGCAACCACCAGGUACCUGCGGAGGUCUCGAGCCCAACUCAAGCCAACGUGUU